GUACCGAACGGCACACCGUCAGAACAGCGUGAGCUAGCAUGCGAUAUGCACGAUAUUGCUUAUCGGCACCUAUAUGACCUGCCUGGAUUGAUUUGCCAAGAAUCAAUUCAGACUUGCAAUGCUUCUCAGCUUUCUGGAUGUACUUACAUUGGACCCUUUACGAAUACACCUAUCAUCGCCUUUGCAGGGUUGAUAGAUGAUAUAUUUCUAACAGUCUGAUCUAUCUGAUAUCGAUAGAUACUGUGCCUGAUUCGCAUGGACGCACAGUAUCGCAGGAUGCAACGUUGACAGGGAGACCCUGAGAUUGCGAAGUCGGACUCGGAAAGUUCAAUUUCAUCGGCCCGAAUUAGUCUGUUGAGCGUCUGCGGACUUGGACGUUUGGUAGCGAUUUGUACUGGAAUCACUUACUGCCAUUCCCCACUUCAUCGACAUCCCUCAUAAUUUUCACUCUUUGUAUCCUAUGUCUGUGACAGAACGGAACUUACUUGGCGAACACGAUUUUCUGACUGGUUCCCCUUCCGACGUGAUCUUGGACAUAUUUUGUCACCUCGCUAUUGCGGACCUCCUAGCUGUACGAUGUACAUGCCGGAGGUUAUCCUGGCUCUCUACACUGAAAGUGGUCUGGCUCGAGAUACUUCAGCGAGAUAUUGUGGCGCACGCGCUGCCGAUGCCAUCCUACUGUCUCCCACUCGGCAUGUUGUCCGCCAAUCAAGUUGAAUGUUUGGUCAGACAUUUGUAUCAGGUGAACCGAAACAUGUGGCGACCUUCAGAACCAUGUCACCGCGCGAUUAAUUUGCCUUCAAAUCGUCCAAUUACCUGGGUUCGCCUUGUGCUCGGCCAAUGGGUGCUCAUAGCGUCUUCAGAUAUUUCCUCUAGUGUUAUCUCUCUCUGGCAUCUCCCUUCUCUCCUUCAACCUGGAAGAGAAUCUACUGUUUCUCCUGUUGCGCAGGCAUUUCUCGAUGGACCUGUCGAACAAGGUUUGGUUGAAGUUCAUCAUUACCACGGGAUCACUAUAGCACUUUGCCUCAAGAAACGGAUCCCUUGUAUUUCUGUAAUGACCAUAGAAAAUCUGGGUCAAACGACCGCUUUUCGACAGUUGGCAACAAUAACAGAUGCAUCUCACCUUCGUUUCUUGCACGGUUCGUACAUUGGAGUGGCCUUUUCUCAAAAUAUCAGUGUUUCGUCGGUACAUAACUGGAGAACUGGUGAAAUUGACUACCUGCAAACUAUUCCCGAUCUGAAGGGUGGAUAUAUCGACAUGGCCGCUCGUUCAAAUUGGAUUGCGGCCGUUUCACGCAUGAACCUUCAUAUUUACAUGCCGGAUUAUACAGCCGGUGGCCGCUGCAAAUUCUGGCGUGGAUUAAACAUGCCGAUAGCUAUGUCAUCAGCGUGUUUCAAUGAGGCUCCAGUAUCAGUUGUGCCUUCGGGUAACGGGGAAUCGGAGAAGCUAUAUCUCUGCAUUGCGAAUCAUCGUGGUAUCCAUAUCUACGAGGUGAUCUGCCGCCCUCUAGAUGACCACCUGGAACUCAUUCCUGUGUGGACGCAUAAUCUCGGUCUGGUGGCGCAAAAAUAUGAAAGUCUCACCAUUCAACCUCGGUUCGGGGCAAGCCCUCACGUAAUUACAUGGCUCCGUGACUGCGUCGACCUGAGCUUUCUACCUACCUUUGUCGCUGCUCGAAUACCCACUGCUGACUCAGUCGUUGGUGCAGAAGAUGUGAUCGAAAUCAGCGACCCUAAUUUACCUUCACUAUACUGCCAGCCAGUCAGAGAUUUUGACGAGGCCCGAGGUGUUGCCAUCUUCGGCAAUGCAUUUGGGGAACUUGCUUUGGUCGAUUUCAGUGGUGUUGCCGGACGGAGUCAAGAGGUCCUUGGAUCCUGUUUCCAGCCACUCAGUUUCCCUCCAUCCCUCGGGUAUGAUCUUCUCCCCACCGUAAGCUGCCUACUCCCUCUAUUUUCACAUGUGUUCUCACCUCAUCAAUUACAGGAGCCUGUACACUGCGUACCUGCGCCUCCCUUCCCAUAUUGCGGUGGUGAUCUCUAUGACGAGCACAAGGAGUACCUCUUCGAGCUGUGGCGAGAGUACGAACCAGAGAAUAUCCCUGAAGGAUGGGACACAGAUUGGGAACUAUGGGGAGAAUGGGUAUGCUUUGUGAAUGGAUUCCAAUUCGACGGGAUUGCCUCUCUCCUAGAGAAUACCUACUACUACUAUGGUCAAGUGGUCCCUCUUUUACAGCGCCCUGAUGAAUACCUGAUCUUUGAAGCUGGAGGCCUUUUGUUUGUUCUUCGGGAGCAGAGGCUGGUGCCGUACGUCGCCUAUGAACUGAUUGCUCCAGAGCAGUUGGCGAUAAUGAUCGAUGCAAACGACGGUUUGGGGUCCAUUCCUGUGACUAGGAUCCCGAAGUUGGACGAUACGAGGCAUAUUGAGCUUGGGAACUCUGUGAGCAGGUGGGAAUAUGAACGGAAACAUCAAAAGCGCAAUCGAUGGCAGGAGUUGGUCGAUCGUGGUGGUAAGGUUCAUUGGAGUUUGUUGGCGAAAGACAUACACUACAGACCGUCCAAGAACUCUCAGUAAAGUAUUCCAAACCGUCCUCCUAUAUACCAACUUUCUGUACCUUGUAUAACAGUGAUUUAAUCUGUAUUGUAUUUAAUGUAUAUUCCGUACCCGGAACCAUGGCCGACCAUCAACGAGGGAUAGGGAGAACGAACGUCUUCGUUGACUAUUUACGCCUCAGAGUAGAACCUAUCUUGAAAUAUGAGCUUCUCUUUGCUUUGUCGUUCCGCCAUUCAGAGGGUUGUUAUGGACCCAGACAAUGUUACAAAUAGAAGUAUACCUCAAGG